AUGGGAGCAUCCUCAUCGGCGGCCGUGUGGGGCAUUGACAUCUCUCGCUCCACCCCAGUUACUUGCAAUCGGUGGUGGGCAGGUUUGGCACUGGGUGGCAAGCUGUACGGACUGCCUUGCAACUCGGAACAUCUCUUGAUCUUUGAUAGCUCCGACAAGUCGGAGCCCCUACGUUUUGUGGAUACUCGCCGAAUCGCGACAGGUCAGGGUAAGUGGCGCGCUGCAGCGGCCAUAGGGGGAAGCCUUUAUGGUGUCCCUGACCGUGCAGAGGCUUUGCUGGUGUAUAAUUUCAGCACCGGCAAAGCAUCUGGAGUGGACACUCGCAAGCUGUCGCGUGGACCUCUGAAGUGGCAAUCUGCAGUGGUCUUGGCAGGCAAGGUCUACGGAAUUCCGCAUCAUGCUAGCAAGCUUCUGGUCUAUGAUGUGAAAUCGGACACAUUGAUGGGUGUCGAUACAACCCACAUCGCGACCGGCAACUCCAAAUGGCUCGCUGGAGUCCAGACGCAGCCCUUCGCCACAGGGCCUUUCAAGUGGCUCUGUGCUGCAGCAGUGGCAGGGAUCAUGUAUGUCGUGCCUUGCCAUGCUGACUGCAUUUUGGUUUUCGACCCCGCCACAAAUCGCCUGCGUGGUAUCGACACCACAGCCGUUGCCACUGGGCCAGGAAAGUGGGUCACGACAGUGGUUUGUGCGGGGAAGAUUUACGGCAUCCCUGACCACGCGACUGCCGUGCUCGUCUUCGACCUGGCCUCGGAGGAGGUUUCGGGGAUUGGCAUUGGCCACUUGUCGGAUGUGACGCAGGGCAAGUGGCAAGCUGCAGCUGUCAUGGGCGGCAAGAUCUAUGCCAUUCCGUACAAUGCGCAAUGCAUGCUGGUGGUGGACCCGGCGACAGCAUCAGCCACUGUCAUCGAUGUGACGGGCCUGGAUUCUGGCACUGGCAAGUGGGGCUUCGUUGCAGCAAUAGGCGGAAAGCUCUGUGGCUUGCCCUGGGAUGCCUCCAACAUUCUGCUUCAUGAACCCAGUGAGGAGGUCAAGGAGAUAUCACCAAAGGGCCAAACCUGCAAAGAGGAAGCCCCUAAGGAGGACUCUCCGGUGCAAAUGGCUGCAGACGUUGAGGAAACGAAAUUCAGUGAGACUCCAGACAUUUCCCUCGAGCUGGGGGCGAGCCUGGUGCAGGACUUCGUGGCGGCAUGGCUGAGUGAAUGGAUUUAUUUCGUAGAUGCACUGAAGCCGUCGGCCGUGCCAACACUGAAGAGCCUUGUCCGCAUCUUUGCACCUUUGCCUGGCCUCCCGUGGCGUACCCUCUGUGAAGCUCUGAGGGUGGGAGGAGAGCCGGUGAAGUUCCAGGUCCUCAGUGUUCUGGACGAUCCCAUGCAGGGCAGCCCUGCUCGGCUGGCGAUCGUCACGGCAGCCCCGCAUGCCGGCAAUGCUGUGCUGUACCUCAUAUUCAAGGGUUCUUCAUUCAUGAACGACUUCGUGGCAAAUGCUUCCGUGGGGCCAGACUACACACCGUUUGAUGCCACCUUCGCCGACCGCACCACUUUCAUUCACCACGGUGCUCAUCAUGCCAUUGCACAGCUGCGGGUCCAGCAGUGGUCUGUGCUGCAGGAGCAGCUGGAGCGAUGUUCCGGCGAAGGGGUUGGUCAGCUCAUCGUCGCUGGUCAUUCUCUGGGUGGACAGUAUGCUUUGGCCUUCAUGCUUCAGGUCUUCCUGGACCAGGCCAAAGGCAACCCGGUCCACCCGUUGCUGGAAGAGGCCCGUGCGGUUGCCUUUGGUGCCCCCAUGUGCUACGGUGCCGCAGAGGGCUUCGACGUGCGCAAGGACCUGGCGGACUUCAUCCAGCAGCGGACGGUGGUCUACGUGAACGCGGGUGACCCGGCCCCCAGGCUCUGGUCGGAGAUGGACUUGCAAGAGUUCAUGCGGUACGCUGUGUCCUGGCUACAGCAGAAGGUCUCAAGUUUCUCCAUGCGUAUUCUCGACUAUGCUGCUGGUGGUUUGGCACAGAAAGCGCAGGAAGUUCUGUUGCGUCCGGACAUCGAAAAGCAUUUGUUAAGACCGGGUGCCUGCUAUGUUCACCUUUCUCAGAUUCGUGUCCUUGCAAAGGACUUUUUUCUAUGGAGGCCAUUGAGCUACGCCAGCACACGCAGCUUUGCGCGGCUACUUUCACUGUAA